AUGGCGGUGACAGCGACGAUGGUGGUAAAAGCGGUGGCAAUUCCGAUAGAGAUGGCGGCAGCUGCGGUGGUGGUAGUGGUGGUGACAUUAGUCGUGGCUAUAGAUACCAUGAGUAAUUCUGAAUCUAGUCGGAAAAAUGCUAAGUGGGAACCAGAUAGUACCAAAGUAAUACUUGACAUUUGCAUGGAAGAGGUUCGUGGUCGUGGAAAACCGGGCAUAACAUUUAAGAGUAAGAAAUGGGAAGAUAUACGUGAAAAAUUUGAAAGACGGACAAAUAAAAGCUAUACUCAAAAGCAAUUGAAGAGCAAGAUGUACAAUUUAAGGACUGAGUUUGUUACUUGGAAACAACUUGUGGGUGGAGAAACAUACUUCACAAUGAACAAUCAGACAGGAACUAUUGAAGCUGAUGCUGCAUGGUGGGAUGCUAAGAUAAGGGAGAAUGCAAAAUAUGGGAAGUUUCGACAUGAAGGACCAAAAUUCCUUAAUGAAUUGGAAUCCAUUUUUGGAGAGACAGUUGAAACAAGUCAAGAUGAAUUGACACCAGUUAGGAGUGUAUCUAUUGAAACUAGUGAAAGAAAUACAUCUCCAGACGUGUCACAGAGAUUGACACCAGUUAGGAGUGUAUCUAUUGAAACUAGUGAAAGAAAUACAUCUCUAGAUGUGUCACAAAGAAUUACUAAAUCUAAUGAUGAUGAUUUCAAUACUGAAGAUGGUUCUAACCCAAUGGAAAACACUCAACUCAGAAGGAAAAGAAAUGCGCCACAAGAUAUCAACAACAAAGCGACAAAGGCUAGGGGUGAAGUCAGUACUACACCGGUUGUAGUAGAGAAUCGGGAUGAAGCUGAAAAAGAUGAAACUGCAUCUUAUGCCCAUGGACAAUACUCCAUCCCGAAUUGCUUUCAAGUAGUGAACAAUCUAAAGGACGGAGGCCAUUUGGAUGAACAAGAAUUUUGCUAUGCUUUAGAAUUUAUUAAAGAUGGUCGUAACAGAGUCAUACUUAUGUCCUUCAAAGAUGGCUCAGCGGUUUCUCAGAAGAAUUGGAUUUUAUACAGGUAUAAGUUGUAA